AACUUUCAAAAUGGUUGCUGUAAACAAAGCACAUUGCUAUGCAUUUUGAUGUGGUUUGUAAGACAUUUCAUUAGACACUUGAACUAAGCUGACAAAGUCAUAGAAAAGUAGAAAAUUCAGCUGACAAUUCCAACAAACUGCAAGAAUGGAGGCUGCUCCAUGUGUGAAACAGGUGACAAUCGCCGCUAAUCAGUACCACAACAGUCGCAACAGCAACCUUAUCUACCUCCAGCGACAACUCGAGAUUCUUCAUGGCGUGAUAGGCCGCACUUUGCCCCUCAAGUUCUUCAAUCCCCGCCAGCUUCUGGCUACAGAGUGUCUUACCUGCAUCGUGGAUAUACUAAACGAUUCUCAGUCCAAGUCGGGAUUAGUACUCAAGUGUCUCACGGUGCUCAAUCAAAUAGAAUCUCAGGUCAAGUCGUUCACGACACAGUGUCUGCAACUGAUGAUGAAGAUAACUCAUGGUCACAGAAUCAGCUUCCAUGAGAGCUUCAUGGAAGAUCUUCUCAAGUACCUCAUCAAACAAGUGUUGACUCCCAACGAGAUCACCCAGUCGUGUCUGGGCCUGUUGGCCAACCUGUCUCGAGACAACUACACAGUCCAGUCGUAUGUCAAGGGUCUGGAGAACUUUAAACGCCUGAUGCGGAUGCUGUGCACUUACAUCUCCGACAAGAACCUGACUGUGGCUGUGUUCAGCAUGUGUGUUCUCACCAGUCUGUGUCUUCAUGAAGAGAUUGGCCAGGAGAUUUUCAACACAGAGAAUGUGAAUGAGACUCUAAAGCUGAUCUUCAACAUCUUGGUGAACGGAGACUUUGGUGUGACACGUCUGUAUGUUGUCGACCUCUUCCAGGAUCUGCUUAAGAAACCCAGCAUACAGAACUCCCUACAGAGGUAUAAACACUUACAGGUAUGCAUCAACCAUACCUUGAGCCUUAUUGCUUCAAGCACAGGAGAGACUGUCACCAAGUUGUUUGAGCUAUUGCUCAGUUUCUGUACUCUGGGAACCAUCAGGACGUCCAUCUGCAAGACCUUGUUCAGUGCCCCUAGACUGCAGUCAGCUGACCACUACCGGAAUGCACUCAAGGGUCCAGUCAGUGGUCAGUCUGAACCACUGUUUGCCAUCGUCCACUGGGCCAUGCAGACAGUGGAAACAUCUGACACAGCAUCACUGUAUGCCCUGGAUCUGCUCACAGAGAUUUAUGAGGAGGUGCUGUACUCCGAUCGGAGCCCGGACCAGUGUAUCCACUCCGACCUGCUACUGCCAGUGCUAGUGGACAUGCUGAGGUCAAGUGUAGAGGGUGACGCCACACUGGUCAGAAGGAAUUGUAACAAGGUGGUCAAGGCAGUGAAGCUUCUCACAGUGCUGUGCAGUGAGGAUGAUCUGAAAGCGUCGCUGGUGGACCUGGUCGACACACCCCUGUUCCAGACCAUCAUCAACUUCCAGCUCAACAACAAUAAGAUACUGCAUCCUAAACCUGGCCCCGCAGAACGGGAUGACUGGAGUGAGGCAGGCAUAGAGGUGGCGCUGGUGUGUAUGCAUCUGAUGACCAAGAUCAAGAGAUAUGUUCGGGACAUGGAAGUGUACAUCACGGGGCUUCUCCAGGAUAGUCGUACCGUUCCAUUCCUGGCAUCAGGGCUGGUGUGUGAGAAGAGUGACACGGUACAGCUGGCACUCCGACUGGUGUGUCAGGGGUCAACCCUGGAGAACUUCCCUGACGUCAUUCUGGGUGAUGCCGUUGCUGCCAUGAACUUGAAGAAGGCGGAAGAGACCAGCAAGUCAUCUACUUCCAGUGUCACAGUCACUCCGACAAAACACUCAAACCAGUCAAUCAAGCGUGGCCUGGAGAACAAGGAGAAUGUGCCGGUGAAGUCCAUGAAGAGAUCAGUAUCUAACAAUGAAAGUAUCGACACGUCACUACAGUCACUCAUUGAGAAGAUGCACACUAGCCUCGAGGAGGUGCUGUACUCUGAUCGGAGCCCGGACCUGUGUAUCCACCGACCUGCUACUGCCAGUGCUAGUGGACAUGCUGAGGUCAAGUUGCUGUGCAGUGAGGAUGACCUGAAGGGGGCUCGCUGGUGGACCUGGUCGACACACCCCUGUUCCAGACCAUCAUCAACUUCCAGCUCAACAACAAUAAGAUACUGCAUCCUAAACCUGGCCCCGCAGAACGGGAUGACUGGAGGACACGGUACAGCUGGCACUCCGACUGGUGUGUCAGGGGUCAACCCUGGAGAACUUCCCGACGUCAUUCUGGGUGAUGCUGUGGCUGCCAUGAACGUGAAGAAGGCGGAAGAGACCAGCAAGUCAUCUACUUCCAGUGUCACAGUCACUCCGACAAAACACUCAAACCAGUCAAUCAAGCGUGGCCUGGAGAACAAGGAGAAUGUGCCGGUGAAGUCCAUGAAGAGAUCAGUAUCUAACAAUGAAAGUAUCGACACGUCACUACAGUCACUCAUUGAGAAGAUGCACACUAGCCUCGAGGUGAAGGACACCAAAGCCUCAGAUAUCAUUGAAAUAUAUGAGCACAGAUUUCAGACACUACAGACUAAGGAGGAGCAUCUAGAAAAUCUGCUGGAGGCGAAGACCAUGGCAGUAGCCCAGGCUGACCGACUCAUAGCUCAGUACAGGGCCAGGCAGGCCAGGUAUGAAGGCGAGACACAGAAGAUGCGCUGCUACUCCAGGAGUCUGGCCGAAAGGCUGAGAAGUAUCAGGAGCAGAUUAACACACUUAAUCUGGAGGCGUGAAACUCUACAGCAUGAGUUUGAUCAACAGGGACAGGACUUACAGAGAGAGGGCAUGACAAGAGUGAGCUUGAGCCUGCUGUGCCUCCAGCAGGAACACAAGACCAUGUCGGAGAUGCACGACAUGCUGCAGAAACAUCAUGAGAGUCUCAAGCAGCAACAUGAUGUGACCACUGAUCAUCUAAGGAAGUUGGAAGAUGAAAGGAAGCAGAUUUCAAAAUUACUGAAGGAGAAAGAAACAAAACUAACAGAGACGACAAAGACACUGCAGAAAACAGAUGAGAAGCUGAAGAAGGUGUUGGCCGAGAAAGCGACCAUCGAAGAAGAGAAGGACAAGAUGGAGCUGACUGUGGACCAGCUCCGGACAGACAUACAGCGAGCUGAGCAGUUUCAGAAGGGACCUGCAGCAUAAGAUGGUGUCCCUGGAAGCUGUUGUCCAGGACCAGGAGAAUGCCAUGAAGGAGCGGGAGGACAAGCUGGCAAAUCAGCAGGCCGAGAUAGACAAGCACCAGCAGAUAGCUGCCCCUUAUACACAGUCUCAGUGGGGGCAAGGAACGAGAACCCACCCAAGUGACCAUGCACAUACACACGCUAGAGAUUUAAUUUAGGGGCGUUCAGGAAAACAGUAGCACCAGCAGAUAGCUGCCCUUAAACAGUCUCAGAAAGGGCAUGGACGGAAACCCAUCCAAGUGACCAUACACAUACAUGAUAGAGGUUUAGUUUAGGGGAAACAGAAGCACCAGCGGAUGGGUUGCCAUUGCACAGUCCAAAUGCAUUCAUUUUCUCGCGAAUUACCUCCCCUGU